CCGGCCCUCUACUGUCGAAAUUUAUUCAAAAUGGCUGCCUCCAUGAGAAUUUACUGUAGGCCUAAAUCUUUAAAUAAUAGUGUUAUAUACAGAUCUCAACGAUUUUACUUUAACAAAAUUAGACAAUUGACUUCAUAUGAAAGUAAUUUAAUCUCAAAAGUUUUCGCACGAUGCUUUUGCUAUGGCAGCCGUGAUGUAAACAUCUUGCCUUUGGGAUCUGCUGAUAGGCUAAUAUUUGAUACGCAUGCGGUUGUGUCAAGACUAGAGGAAAGUGGGAUAAAUCGUGUACAAGCUGAAUGCAUCACAUCAAUAUUAAAUCAGUUAAUGCAGAGGAUUGCAGAGCUUCAAAACAAAGAUAUGGUCACUAAAGAACAACAGGAAAUAAUGCUACAGCAAAUAAUGGCACAGAUUGCGGCUGUUAAAAAGGAUAUGGUCAUCUUGGAAAAAAGCCAAUUUUCGGCUCUUAAAGGAGAUAAUGAGAAAUUGUCAACAGAGGUGCAGCAGCUUAGGGGGCAACUUAAAGAUGAAGUAGUGAAGCUUAAAAAUGCUUUUACUCUGGAUAUAAACCUGGAGAAGAGUAGAGCAAAAGAAGCAAAUAAUAUAUCAGAGCAGGAUAUAAAAAGUACAAACAACAGGAUAACCACUGAAAUAGCAAACUUGAAUGCUAAAAUGGAAGCGACAAAAUUUGAGUCCUUGAAAUAUUUUGGAGCAACGCUUCUAGGCUCUGUAACUAUAAUGCUGGGUGCUUACAGAAUCUUCCUCCAUUGAAAGUUUUAUUACUUAAUGCAAUAUGAACAAUUAGAUAAAACAAGGAUGAUAUACAGUAUAUGUAUUUGUAUAACUAUUAUAUAGAAGUACAAGGAACAAAUGGAGGGCUUCAGUUAAGAGUUUAUAACACAGAGAAAAUAGACUAAAUGUACUGUGUCUGUCUGUGAAACAAAUCAUAGGUUUUUCAUUGUUGGUAUAUUCAGACUUGGUAUUUUUGACAUUAUGAUAUACACUGUACUGUCUUACUGAAAUUCUAUGGUUUAUAUUGAAGGUGAUUAUAGUACUUUAAAAACAGUUGGUGCUACCAAAACUCAGAUUCCAGCUGCUGUUAUAUUGCAGAGUUCUAAUCAUUAAACAACAGUACCCAACCCAAGAAAGUGAGUUGGAUUUUCCUUCUAUAUUUGUAAUCUUUUAAGUGCAAUGGUUGACGAUAUGUAUAAUGCUAAUUCGCAUUUACCCUAACAUUUGUGUUAAGUUCAUAUAUUUUGAUUAACAGUUAAUAAUAUGUAGAAUUAAUUACGGUAAUAUUUAUUUAUGGCCAUCUUUAGUGUAUGAGCAUGCUUUUCUUUGCAUUGAUCAAUAGUUAUGAAGAUCCAAUCAUGGAAAUUGGCUAGAGUGCCACAGAGACAAACUGUAUAAAAACACAGGGUAAUUGGGAUGGAAGAAGAAAAGAAUCAAAACAUAAAUAAAGGCUUUUCUGCAUGAGCAGAAAAAAAACCCCCAAUAUUAUGGUGUGUCUUUCUAUUUUGAAAUAAUAUUGACAAUAUUAUUAAUAAUAUUAACAAUAAUAUUGUUAAUAGCAGGAUACAGGUGUCGUAUUCUGAGACUUCACUUGUGUGAAGAGGUAUAUAAAUGCCAGGUUACUAUUAUCAUUCAAUCCAACAGUUAUUACAUAAUUAUUAUAUUUAUUAUUCAAUAUUCAAUUUUAUUUAUAUUUAAUUUUAUUCAAUAUAUUCAAUUUUAUUUAUAUUUAAUUUAUUCAGCAUUAUUUUCAACAGUACAUGUAAAUUAUAACAUAAAUUCUUCAUUUUAUCUUGAGCUAAGAAAAAACCUGUAAAAUUUAUAUUCGGUAUUUAAUUGCCUACUUUGAGUAAUAAUAAGUGCAAGAGUCUAAACUGAAAGACAUGUUGACAAGGCUAAUGGCUAGACUAAGCUGAAAAAGUUCAAACAAAAAAAAAGAAUAAUUAUAGUAUUGCCUAUUUGUUGUAUAUAAGUUAUUACCGGUAACUGAAUUGAAAGUUAGAGCAAGAAAAUAAUUAGGUUUUCAAUUAACAGAUGUGUUUUAAUGCAUCUCUGUAUUUUAGACUAAACAUGCCAGCAUGCUCUACUGUGAUUGGCUAUUAGAACUGUGUCAUGUUUCGACAGUAUUGUUUGAGUAUAUUUUUUCUAGUUCUUAUUAUAGGACUAUGAUUACAUAUUUAAAAAGCAGAAAACAUCUUGGGGGAAAACAUUCAUACUCCUUAUAUUUUUGAGAAUUGUAUGAGUAAUAGUCAAUACAAAUAUUUGUAAUGAUAUGUAGCCUGGUUUAUUAUACUAAGUUAAGGUGUACAUUAUUCUUUCUUUUUCACUGCAUGCAUAUGAAACCACAUGAAUAAAUAAAGUGUACAAGUCAUGACUGUCGUAU